CUUAUGAUCCAUUUCCUUUCUAUUUUUAAAGGUUCACUAACGUUUUUCACGUGCUUGUGUAUAUUUAUCAUUAUCUUUUCUUCAUAAACAUUAAAUAUUAUUGAUUUCAGUUUAAAAUGAAGAAGCAAGUAUCUCUCCCUAGUAUAGUGAAGACAAAAAUAAAUAGUAAAGUAAAGGAUAAACUAUUUAAAAAGAAGAAAUUUCGCUUGUUGCACAAGAAGAGAGAACUGAAACAGUUAGUCAAAAAUCGAGGAGUUGUACACAUCAAUCACAUUCCACACGGAUUCUAUGAGGAAGAACUUUUCAAAUACUUCUCUCAAUUUGGUGUCCUUACAGCUGUCAAGGUCCCACGCAGCAAUAAGACUGGGAACGCGAAAGGAUGCGCGUUUGUUGAAUUCGAUGACAAAGAUGUGGCGCAGGUAGCGGCCGAUGCCAUGAACAACUAUCUUAUGUACGAUUGUCUUCUCAAAACCAAAUACAUUGCCCCCGAGGGACAGAAGCCGAUCGCAUUCGACAGAAAUGGCAAGCCCUGGGUGAAUCGAAGCCCGACGUUUGCGGCUGAUAUGAGAAGGAAAGCUGACAAAAGGAAUAAGGAGAAGCCGGUCACAGAUCUCGAGGCUUUCGCCAAGAAAACAAGGAGUUCUGUGGCCAAACUGCACAGGAAGCUAACCUCCAGGGCCGGAAUCGACUAUGAGUUUCAGAUCAACGACGAUGCUCAACUACUGAAAGUUACUAAAAAACCGGAAGACAGGACACCGACUGAUGAUGGGGAUGACACUGAUGACGACAUCAAAGUCAAGAAACUAAAGAAAACUUCGAAAACUGACCUGGCACAAGCGGCUGUCAAGAAAGCGAUUCACAAGGGUAAGAAAAAAGUGCUCCAAAGUGACACAAAGAAAACUCUGGAAAACACUACGAAAGCUAUCAAGAACACCACAAAAGUGAUGAAGAACAACACGAAAGCAACCCUGAAAAAAGUUGUGGUUAACAAGAAAGAAGCGCUGAAAAAUACUACCAAAGAAGUGAUUGCUGGAAAGAAAUCGGGUAGUGUGAAGACACUAAAAGAAGCUAUCAAAGACACUGGCAAGAAAAUUAUCAAAAAGAGUGCGAAACCUGUGAAAGAAGCGAUUCAGCAUAAUCGCCUAGGCGCUCUAGGUGCGCGCAUGUGUCGUAACCAGUUAAAGUAAGAAAAAAUUGUUUAAUUUUAACCAAUAAAGUAAUGUAUUAUAUUGUAAUGUAGACCAAGUUGAUUUUAAAACCACAUAAGUGCUGAUUUGCAACGCAUCUCUGUUUAGCUGAGCAGGAAGGGAAUGCCAUUGGCUCUCAUGCAAAUGUGUAGAUAUAUUCCCAUAUGAACCAAUGAUAUGUUUUCAAGUUUCUACUUUUUCACUCUAAAAUUCAUCAAGUAAAGUAACUACAGAAACAUUCUAUGGCAGUUUGUCUAUUCACUAUUAAUGCAAAAAUUACGAAAUUGGUAAUACUAUACAGAAACUUAUGAAAGUAUUUCCACUAAAAAAUAUUACUUAGUGGUAGGUGUACAAUUCACUUUCAAAGCAAACUUACACAUUUUAAUCAACAUCAUUUUCAAAUUUCCAUUCACAAGAUUGAAAUCUAUAUGUGAAACUUAUUUUAUUGAGAGAAGUAUAAGUAAGUAGCCAUUUAAAAUGUUUAAAUUAAAAAUACUUCAACCCAAUUAUUUUCUAAUAAUUAGAAAAUAAACAUUUAAACCUUAAGAUUACUACAGUUACUGCUUUUUGAAGUUUGCAAUAAUUACGGCCAGUUGCACGAAAAUCCAAUCAAAUUUAACCGUCAUGAAAUGAUGUCAUCUAACGGAAGCAAUGUCUUGGGAACCAAUGUACGAAUAUGACAUCAAUGCAAUUACAACAUGUUACGAUGA